CGGGCCCGCCCCCACGGCCCCUCCUCCCGGACGUGCAGGGACAUUCGCRGUUCCCCCGAGCCGUGCCGAGGCUCUGCCGCUGCCUUCCCAACCCCGAGGGUGCCCCGGGAAGGCGUGYUCGCCCCGGGAGCAGAGGAGGCCACCGCUACACGCUCCCCGAGGAGCCCCGCGGGGACACACCCGGCUCACCAUGUCCCGCCGCUGGCCGCUUCGCCUGCUGCUGCUCACCUGCGCGAUGGCCGGGCCGGCCCUGAGCCAGGAGUGUUCGGCGGAGAAGAUGGACAACUCCAUCAUCGACAUAGACUUGUCGCUGUCCCGCGGCGUGCGGGGCGCGGAGCCGCUGCGCGUCCCCAGCGCGGACGCGUGUGCCCGCGCCUGCUGCUCGGGGCACCGGCUCGCAGGAGACAAGAAGUGUAAUUUGAUUAUUUUUUAUGCUGCAAGAACAAGCASACAUCCAAACUGCUACUUGUUUUACUGUCCUAGCACUGAGGCUUGUCCGAUGAAACCUGCACCAGGACUUGUGAGCUACAAGAUAACCACAGACACCCAUGCCCAAGAGGAUACAUCCAUCAAAACUGAGAACUUCYCUUCAAAUGAGCAUUCUUUGCCUUCRGAUGCUGGAACCUUUAUUUCUCACAGUCAGAACAGCCAUCAGAAUGGUACUGCCAGUUUGCAGCAAUCUGUCUUUCAUCAGGCCUCUGAGCUCCUGAACCACAUAGGCAAGCAUUUAGACAACAUGGAAUUUCAUACAGCUUUUCCUGAGUCCCAAAGAGGAAAACAGCCUGAGAGCUCAGAACCCAUCUCAAAGCAGAAAGUAAUUAGUCCAGCACCAAACACAGCUUCUGCUGCUCCAGCUGCAAACCCCCCUUUCCCGUUCCCCACCACCACUCAGGCAGCUGCUCCUGACACCAGCAGAGCUUCUCUCACUCCUGUGCCUACAAGUCCAGCCCAGCUGGAGUCUGGUACAACCUCUGUGCAUCCUGGUGUUGCUAAACCUCCUSCAACCCUCCCCACCCCAGCUGCCUCUCCGCCUGCUGCAGCCACUGCAGCCAAACCCGGUGUCCCUGCCACCACCAUYGCUGUUACUCAUGUGCCUCUUUCCAGGCCCACCACUGCUGCUUCUGCUUCUACAACCAAGCAGGUGACCACAAAUCCCAGCUCUGCCACUGCCCCAUCAGGGCUAAGGACUCCAGCCAUGGCUCCUGAGCCAACAGUUGGCUCUUCCAACGAUACCAGCCAUGGGACCGUCCUCUCUUUGCCAGGUUUCAUUCUGCCCAGUGAUUCUCCUGAAUCUUCCCAAAAAGAUCUUCGAGGUUCUGAGCCAUCUGACUCAGAGAGCUCUCUGUCAGAAGGUGUUCUGGGAGGGAAAGGUGUUUUUCAGCUGGGGGAGAAGAGCAGUCUGGUAGCAGCUYUGCUUUUUGGUGUGAUUUUCUUAUUGCUAGUUAUUGUGCUGACUGGGAAGAAAAUACACGAAUCUCUUCGGAAGAGGCACUACACCAAGCUGGAUUACCUGAUCAAUGGAAUGUAUGCCGAUGUGUGAAUCGGAGAAGGAAUCAAAUUUUAAGGAGCAUCUCUCACUUUUGUGAGGAGAACUCUGAAAUGGGACAGCAGAUCUCAGAAUCUCAGAAGAGGAUGGAUUCCUUUUUUGGGCUCUAAUGGGAAAGCAGGAGACAGGAGAUGCGUUUGGUGGGGAAAAGAAAUGCUCUGUCUGUGCUGAACUAUAAUGUCUGUCUUUUUUGAUUUAUUUCUAAAUCCUGAGAGUAAACACUCAAAUCCAAGUUAAGCUAAGAAGGUCUUAUAUUUAAGGAGAAAAAGCAUUUCAUGAGCUUAAUCUGUACCAUGACAAGAUUAGUGAAAUAGAAGUGCACCUAAUAAAUUGAGUACCUGGGCAGCAYGUGGGCAUUUUCGGGGCUACAUGCCAGUGUUACAGAUUUCCCGGCAAUCCUAUUUACCCUAUUUGUAGCUUUAAAGAAAUAUUUAGUGACAGAGCUUUGCAUCCAAAUGGUUUUAGGUGCAAACAGGGGAAAAAAAUCUUACAUAUGGCAUAAUUUGAUUUUCAUUAGCUACAUAUGUUUAAUGGUUACAUACAUAUCUUUAAAGUUCUUUUUCUGAAGACAUCACAAGUAUCCUUAAAACCACAUACUGCAAAUGCCCUCAAAGGACACCCUCUUCACUUCUGGUGUCCCCUUCAUGUGACUGGCAGUAAGCACAGUUGUUUAUUAACAGUUGCUCUUGAUGAUAUUCGAGGUUUUAUCCAACCUAAACAAUCUACAAUUUUAUGUUUCCCUGACUCUUCAACAGGGAGAGUAAGUGGGAAAAAACCCAUCCCUGGGUUUUUCUCCUGCAAAACAACUUCCAAUUCAUGUUAAAUUUAAAUUUCCCUUUGCACACACUUGGUCUAAACCUGGGUUUGGAAUGGCAGACUGGAUUUCAAAGUGUUCAUGUCAGGUGGCAUCAUCAACAAAUGUCACGGCAGAGGAGGAAGGGUGCCUCAUGACUGCAAGGAAACAGUUCUAUUACAAAAUAGGAAAUUUGACUCACAUCCAAGAGAUUCUUAGAUCUGUCAAGCUUAGUGUGGUGGGAAGCAGGCAUGAUCCAAAAAAUGGCCUCAAGGCAAGUUUUCUGAAAGCUCUAAAUAACUAAAUGCAGAAAAUUCUCUGAAAAUUCCAUUAUUCAGUGAUCAAAGAAAAGUCAGUGUUCCUUGUGUCAAGAACUUAAAUUCUUGCURUAUGGAGGCUGCAAAUUGCUUCACAGAUACAAAACCAGCUGGUCUGCUACAUUGUUUAAAUCUGACAAUGGUUAAAAGAACAGCAUUCUGGAUAGCCACUUAAAAGGGAACAAAAUUGCAGAAGGAAAAUACCUCAAAUUUAUCAGAUUGUUUGUUGACUGCUUUGUUCAACCUCUUUUUUUUUUUUUWUUUUUUUUUUUAAUAGCUAUUUUCAGACGUUUCUGGUCAAGGAACAUGACAAGGAGCAACAACAUUUCUAGGAAAUGAGUUCACAGAGUGAUAAGUACUAGGCCUAGCUGUAAAAAUGUAGAUGCAGAUCUGAGGCUGACCAUAAUUUUCUCUUUAAGAACUGCAACCUUCAUGAGAAGCUUUCUAUGUUGCUGGUGCCAUCYCAGCAGAGGUGCUGAGAACAAGCCCUGAAUCCUCGCUGUGCAUUUUCUGCUGCAGUGGAAAAUUUGUUGGAGGGGAAGGUGGUUGGUAUUAACUGAUAUGGUUACGGUGCAGUAGCAAAAURUUCAAGAGAAACCAGCAGAUGUAUCUUGGGGUUGUUCAGAGCACGGGCAUGUUACAAGGGCAUGUAGUCAUAGGGCAAGGGGGAAUGGCUUUAAACUGAAAGAGAGAGGGUUUAGAUUAGAUAUUGGGAAGAAAUUCUUCCUGUGAGGRUGCUGAGGCCCUGGCACAGGGURCCCAGAGAAGCUGUGGCUGCUCCUGGAUCYCUGGSAGUGYCCAAGGCC